GAUGCGGGGCCGCAGGCCCCCCCCCGCCGCCGGCCGCCUGCAGCGGGGCCGGCAGGCCUGAGAUUCCCCCCACCCACCACCCACUCCUCGGGAGCCUGCGGGGAGCCGGAGCCGAGGCCCGGGACUCAGCAAUGAUGUGUGAAGUGAUGCCCACUAUCAAUGAGGACACCCCCAUGAGCCAAAGGGGGUCCCAGAGUAGCAGCUCGGACUCAGACUCCCACUUUGAGCAGCUGAUGGUGAACAUGCUGGAUGAGAGGGACCGGCUGCUGGACACCUUGCGGGAGACUCAGGAGAGCCUCUCUCUGGCCCAGCAGAGACUUCAGGAUGUCAUCUACGACCGAGACUCUCUCCAGAGACAGCUCAACUCUGCCCUGCCACAGGAUAUCGAGUCUCUAGGAGGGCUGACUGGUUCAAAGGGGACUGAUCCACCGGAGUUUGCCACACUAACAAAAGAACUAAGCGCCUGCAGGGAACAACUGCUAGAAAAGGAGGAAGAAAUUUCUGAGCUCAAAGCUGAAAGAAACAACACAAGACUAUUGCUGGAGCACCUGGAGUGCCUUGUGUCUCGACAUGAACGGUCACUCAGAAUGACGGUGGUGAAAAGGCAAGCCCAGUCUCCCUCGGGAGUAUCCAGCGAAGUUGAGGUUCUCAAGGCACUGAAAUCUUUGUUUGAACACCACAAGGCCUUGGAUGAAAAGGUAAGGGAGCGACUGCGGGUUUCUUUAGAAAGAGUCUCUGCACUGGAAGAAGAACUAGCAGCCGCUAAUCAGGAGAUCAUUGCCUUGCGAGAACAAAAUGUCCACAUACAAAGGAAGAUGACAUCCAGUGAGGGCUCUACAGAGCCGGAACACCUUGAGACGGUGGAAACUGGCCAGAGAGUCCAUGAAAAGCGCCUGUCCAACGGUUCCAUUGACUCCACGGAGGACACGAGUCAGAUCUUAGAACUCCAGGAGCUGCUGGAGAAACAGAACUAUGAAAUGGCCCAGAUGAAAGAGCGCUUAGCCGCAUUGUCUUCCCGAGUUGGGGAGGUAGAGCAGGAAGCUGAGACGGCCAGAAAGGACCUUAUCAAAACUGAAGAAAUGAACACAAAAUACCAGAGGGACAUCAGGGAGGCCAUGGCGCAGAAGGAAGACAUGGAAGAGAGGAUAACCACCCUUGAGAAGCGCUACCUCAGUGCUCAGAGAGAAUCUACCUCCAUACAUGACAUGAACGACAAACUGGAAAACGAGCUGGCCAACAAAGAGGCCGUCCUGCGGCAGAUGGAAGAGAAGAACAGACAGUUACAGGAGCGGCUGGAACUGGCUGAGCAGAAGCUGCAACAGACCAUGAGGAAAGCUGAGUCCUUACCUGAGGUGGAGGCUGAGCUGGCCCAGAGGAUCGCAGCCCUAACCAAGUCUGAUCCAACCUCUUCUACCUCAUCCGAUGAUUAUCAGUAUGUUAUGGAAGCUAAACUACAAGAAAUGAUCUCCAUACGUAGGAAGGCUGAAGAGAGACAUGGGAACAUUGAGGAAAGGAUGCGGCAUCUGGAAGGGCAACUUGAAGAGAAAAAUCAAGAACUGCAAAGAGCAAGGCAAAGAGAGAAAAUGAAUGAGGAGCACAACAAAAGACUAUCAGACACUGUGGACAGGCUGCUGACUGAAUCCAACGAGCGUCUACAGCUCCACUUAAAAGAAAGGAUGGCCGCUCUGGAGGAGAAGAAUGUUUUGAUUCAAGAAUCAGAAACUUUCAGAAAGAAUUUGGAAGAAUCUUUGCAUGACAAGGAAAGGUUAGCAGAAGAAAUAGAAAAGCUGAGAACUGAAUUGGACCAAAUGAAAAUAAGAACUGGAGCUUUAAUCGAACCCACAAUCUCAAGGACUCAUCUGGACACCUCCACUGAAUUGCGGUACUCUAUGGGGUCCCUGGUGGAAAGCCAGUCAGAUUACAGGACAACUAAAGUCAUCAGACGACCGAGGAGAGGCCGGAUGGGUGUGAGAAGAGAGGAGCCCAAGGUGAAAUCUCUUGGGGAUCAUGAGUGGAACAGGACUCAGCAGAUGGGUGUACUCGGCACUCACCCUUUUGAAAGUGACACGGAGAUGUCGGACAUUGAUGAUGACGACAGAGAGACCAUCUUCAGCUCUAUGGACCUCCUUUCUCCCGGUGGUCAUUCUGACGCCCAGACUCUGGCCAUGAUGCUCCAGGAACAGUUGGAUGCCAUCAACAAGGAGAUCAGGCUCAUCCAGGAAGAAAAGGAAUCUACAGAGUUGCGUGCUGAAGAGAUUGAGAACAGAGUGGCCAGCGUGAGCCUGGAGGGCCUGAAUUUGGCCAGGGUGCACCCAGGGACUUCCAUCACAGCCUCGGUCACUGCCUCUUCCCUGGCCAGUUCAUCCCCCCCCAGUGGACACUCGACGCCAAAGCUCACCCCGAGAAGUCCUGCCAGGGAAAUGGACCGGAUGGGAGUCAUGACACUGCCAAGUGAUUUAAGGAAGCAUCGGAGAAAGAUUGCAGUGGUGGAAGAAGAUGGAAGGGAGGAUAAAGCAACAAUUAAAUGUGAAACUUCUCCCCCUACCCCUAGAGCCAUCAGGAUGACUCACACCCUCCCAGCUUCUUACCACAAUGAAGCCCGAAGUAGCUUAUCCACCUCCCUUGAGCCAGACAGCCUUGGGCUUGGUAGUGCCAAUAGCAGCCAGGACUCUCUUCACAAAGCCCCCAAGAAGAAAGGGAUCAAGUCUUCUAUAGGACGUUUGUUUGGUAAAAAAGAAAAGGCUCGACUUGGCCAGCUUCGAGGCUUUAUGGAAACAGAAGCAGCAGCUCAGGAGUCCCUGGGGUUAAGUAAACUCGGAACUCAAGCUGAGAAGGACAGAAGACUGAAAAAAAAGCACGAACUUCUAGAGGAAGCUCGCAGAAAAGGGCUCCCUUUCGCUCAAUGGGAUGGGCCCACGGUGGUGGCCUGGCUAGAGCUCUGGCUGGGAAUGCCUGCCUGGUAUGUGGCAGCCUGUCGUGCCAACGUGAAGAGUGGUGCCAUCAUGUCUGCUUUGUCUGACACUGAGAUCCAGAGGGAGAUCGGCAUCAGUAACCCUCUGCAUCGCUUGAAGCUCCGGUUGGCCAUCCAGGAGAUGGUCUCCCUGACCAGCCCCUCUGCUCCUCCGACAUCCAGAACUCCUUCAGGCAACGUUUGGGUGACUCAUGAAGAAAUGGAAACUCUGGCAGCUCCAGCAAAAAUGAAAGAAUCUGAGGAAGGAAGCUGGGCCCAGACCUUGGCAUACGGAGACAUGAACCAUGAGUGGAUCGGAAACGAAUGGCUGCCCAGCCUGGGCUUACCUCAGUACAGAAGUUACUUCAUGGAAUGCUUGGUAGAUGCCAGGAUGCUGGAUCACCUGACCAAGAAGGAUCUCCGUGUACACUUGAAGAUGGUGGACAGUUUCCAUCGAACAAGUUUACAGUAUGGAAUCAUGUGCUUAAAACGGUUGAAUUAUGACAGAAAAGAGCUCGAAAGAAGAAGGGAAGCAAGUCAACAUGAAAUAAAAGAUGUGCUGGUGUGGAGUAACGACAGAGUCAUCCGCUGGAUCCAGGCAAUUGGGUUGCGGGACUACGCCAACAACAUCCUAGAGAGCGGUGUGCACGGCUCCCUCAUUGCCCUUGACGAGAACUUUGACUACAGCAGCCUGGCCUUACUGUUACAGAUCCCGACCCAGAACACCCAGGCAAGGCAGAUUCUGGAAAGAGAAUAUAACAACCUUCUCGCUCUGGGAACUGAACGGCGACUGGAUGAAAGUGACGACAAGAAUUUCAGGCGUGGCUCAACCUGGAGAAGGCAGUUCCCUCCCCGGGAGGUCCACGGAAUCAGCAUGAUGCCAGGGUCCUCAGAGACACUACCGGCUGGAUUCAGACUCACUACAACAUCUGGGCACUCCAGAAAAAUGCCAACGGAUGUUGCCUCAUCGAGACUGCAGAGGCUAGACAACUCCACUGUCCGCACAUACUCAUGUUGACAAGCCCCUCCAAGGAGACAGCACUGACCUGCUAUGUGGUCUUCUCUGCCUAUUCUACCUGAAGUGCACUACCAGCGGAGACCAGCCAGCAGGGAAAACCUCCGGAAGACUGCAUGCACUUGCAGGAGUGACACAUGGU